UGAAUCUGAGACAGUCUAGGUGUCUAGGUAGGCAGCUCCCUAGCGUUUGAGACGCAGCCCUGCUCGCUCGUAUUCAUUCAUUGAAGGAUUUUUUUUCCUCAGGAAUACGACAAAGGCUGCCAGUCUGCAUUGAAACGAGGGAUGGUUUAACAUAAAGAGCAAAAGGGGCAGACAGACACCGGCUGCAGCCCAUCCGCCCCAUCCAGCACAGCAGAGCACAUGAUUCUCUCCUCCUGCUCCUAAAACCAUCACUAGCAUCCUCUGGAAGAGAUGACAAGCCGUUAAAUGCGUGCUUUCAUAUCGACUUUGCUCAUCGGAUACACACAAAGAUACUACAGCCCCAGGUGUUGACAUGGAGCUGGAGCAUUUCGACGAACGGGACAAAGCACAAAGAUACAGCCGUGCAGGUUCACGUGCGAACGGCCUGCCGAGCCCCACGCACAGCGCCCACUGCAGCCUGUACCGAACCCGGACCCUACAGGCUCUGAGCUCGGAAAAGAAAGCCAAGAGGGUCCGGUUCUACCGUAAUGGAGACCGGUACUUUAAAGGGAUUGUGUACGCUAUUUCCAACGACAGAUUCAGGUCUUUCGAUGCUUUGCUCGCAGAUCUCACCCGCUCCCUGUCAGAUAAUGUAAAUCUGCCUCAGGGCGUCCGGACCAUUUAUACCAUUGACGGGUCCAAGAUUACCAGCAUGGAACAGCUGGUUGAAGGGGAGAGUUACGUGUGUGGAUCAGUUGAGCCUUUCAAGAAUCUGGAAUACACUAAGAACGUCAACCCCAACUGGUCAGUCAACGUCAAAACCGUUGCAUCGGCACGAGCGCCCACCUCUCUGGGCAGUGCCAAGGCAGGUUCUAUAGAAAUCAAGGAUAACAAGGAUUUCAUCCGACCCAAACUGGUGACCAUAAUCCGCAGCGGGGUAAAGCCUCGGAAAGCCGUGCGAAUCCUUCUCAACAAGAAGACGGCCCACUCGUUUGAGCAGGUUCUCACGGAUAUCACAGAUGCCAUCAAACUGGACUCUGGAGUGGUCAAGAGGCUUUAUACGGUGGAUGGUAAACUGGUGUCAUGCCUUCAGGACUUUUUUGGUGAAGAUGAUAUAUUUAUUGCCUGCGGCCCAGAGAAGUUCCGCUACCAGGAUGACUUCCUGUUGGAUGAGAGUGAAUGCAGGGUGGUGAAAUCGCAGUCCUACGGCCGUAUUUCUUCCAUGCAGGGCCGCUGCUCUCCCCGUAGUGGUGGACCGUCAAGAAGGAGCAAGUCCCCUGGUUCCAGCAGCUCAGCUAACGGAACAGCAGGUAGUCAGCUGUCGACUCCACGGUCAGGCAAAUCUCCCAGUCCAUCUCCCACCAGUCCAGCCAGUCUGAGAAGGCGAAGGGGCUCUCAGCACAGUGGCUCCUCCCUCUCUCUGGCCUCCACCAAGGUGUGCAGCUCCAUGGACGAGGGCGAUGGGCCGGGCAGUGAAGCUGAGCUGAUGGAGGAUUGUCCUCAGGUUCCUGCUUCCAUAGCCGAGAGGUACAAGGUGGGGCGAAUGAUUGGUGAUGGAAACUUCGCUGUGGUUCGAGAGUGUGUGGAGAGAUCCACAGGCCGAGAGUACGCUCUGAAGAUCAUUAACAAGAGCAAAUGCAGAGGGAAGGAACACAUGAUUCAGAAUGAGGUGUCUAUUCUUCGGAGAGUGAAGCAUCCUAACAUUGUUCUGCUGAUUGAAGAAAUGGACACAUAUAGUGAACUCUACCUGGUCAUGGAGCUGGUCAAGGGUGGCGACCUCUUUGAUGCCAUCACCUCCUCCAACAAAUACACCGAGCGGGACGCCAGCGGGAUGCUGUAUAACCUGGCCAGCGCUAUCAAAUAUCUGCACAGCCUUAACAUUGUUCACCGUGACAUCAAACCUGAGAAUCUUCUGGUCUAUGAGCACCAGGAUGGAAGCAAAUCUCUAAAAUUGGGGGAUUUUGGCUUGGCAACAAUUGUGGACGGUCCGCUUUACACUAUAUGUGGAACCCCAACCUAUGUAGCUCCAGAGAUCGUUGCAGAGACGGGGUAUGGAUUGAAAGUUGAUAUCUGGGCGGCCGGGGUAAUAACAUACAUACUGCUUUGCGGCUUCCCUCCUUUCCGUGGGAGCACUGAUGAUCAGGAGGCUCUUUUUGACCAGAUUCUGAUGGGACAGUUGGAUUUCCCUCUUCCAUACUGGGACAAUGUAUCUGACUCUGCAAAGGCACUUAUUACCUGCAUGCUACAGGUGGAGGUCGAACAGAGAUACACAGCUCUCCAGGUUUUAGACCAUCCCUGGGUCAACGAUGACAGGAUGUGUGAGAAUCAGCACCAGUUGUCUGUGGCUGGCAAGAUUAAGAAAAAUUUCAACAUGGGCCCCAAACCCACCAACACCACAGCAGGAGUCACUGUCAUAGCAAGCACCCCUCUUGAUAAGGAGAGGCAGGUUUUCAGACGAAGACGCCACCAGGAUGUGAAAGCGGCCACUGCCCGCAGCACCCAGAGCCCCUUCCCCUCCAGCCCCGCCACCGGCCCAGUCCUCUCUGCAGCGGAGUUCACCUCAGAGUCAGAGGACAUUUCCCCCAGCUCUGCCGAGACGGUCCGCUCACCCACAUCACCAUUUUAAGCCCAAACUGGGCAGGGAUCAAUGGAAAAUUAUCUAGAAAUAAAAGGUAAAUUGACUUGUGAAUUUUUAAAAAUGAACGUUUGUUACGUGGAGCAGAUGUGAGUAAGUAGGACUGGAUGGGCUGGUUUUCUCUGUUCAGAUUCUGAGGGUAGCACACCUGAACAGGUGUAAAAAUAAUCUCACACUCUUAGCAGUUUUUCAUUCGAAAUGAGAAGCCCUUGUCAUUGUUUUAGAGUUUUCUUUUCAUCAUGACAUGUUUGGUGCUAUAUGAGGUUUUGUUUGUAGACCAUCAAAAUCUGCCUUCCUACUAGUAAACCGCGUCCCUAUUUCGCCCUCUAGUGUUCUAUAGAAAGUAAUGCAGCCGCUCUGUUUUAUCACAAACAUGACCGUCUGUUUAAUACCUAGCCUCUAUUAAUAAAUCUGCGAUGUUUUAGCAUCUUCUCUUUCAGUGACAAAAUCUUGUGAGUUUUUACCUUUUGUAUGAACUUUAUAUCUUUUAAAUAUUUUAGGUUUGUACAUUUAUUUCAAACUGAUAACUCGCAUAUUCCAGCAUUUCCUUUGAGAAACUUGUUUUUUGUCGGAAUAGACAUUAGAAUGUUCUUUCUAGAAUGUGUAAAAUACCUGAAUAGUUCUCUUUUUGAUGUGUUUGGCUGUAGAAAGGCUUGUUUGAACUGCAAGUGAUGGGUGCUGAUUUAACAUGUAUGACGUUCAAUGACUAGAAACUUGUCAGUCCUUGCUGCUGCUAUAAUAGUAACUACAAGUUGAGUUCUGUCAGUACCACUUGAAAUGAACAUAAAUAGGUGGUACGGCUACUUCCCGAAAUUUGAAUUCCUUCUCAAGGGAACAGAAUGUACCACUAGCAUUUUGUUUUAUAAAGUAGCGUACUAAGAAAGACGCACUACAAGUCUACUACUGAUUUUAAAGAUUGCUUUUGGACUAAAAUUGUAUGUUUUUUUUUAAGUGGAAUGUAAUAUUUUGGUCAGAUUUUUUUUACUUAUUUAUUUAAUUAUUUGUUUAUUUCGCAUUCAGCAGUGAAAUGUCUAAGCAAAAUGUCCAUUUUAAUUUGAAUGUAUCAUGUUGUUUUUGUCACAUGAUGACCAAAUAUGACACGACAGAAUGAUUCCUGUUUCCACCAUAGAUAUAAGGUAUUUACUAUAUUUCAUCUCACAAUUUUGACUUCUUUUUUUUUUUUCAAUUCUGAGGAAACAAAAGUCAGAAAUGCAAGAAACAUGCUCAGAAUUGUUAGGAAAGUUGUGAGAUAAAUUGAGAGAUGUAAACUCAAUUUAUGAGUUUAUGUAGACGCAAACAUAAAAAAAAAAAAAUCUAAAAAAGAAUCAGAAUUGCGAGAAAAGAAGUGCAAAUUUAGAUCUUACAAUUCUGAGUUUAUCAUGCAAUUCUGAAAAGAAAAAAAAAGUCUAAAAAAAUUCGAAAAAAAAAAAAAUCAGAAUUGAGAUAAGCUUGGAAUUGCACAAUUCUUUUUUUCUCAGAAUUGCAAAUUUAUAUCUUACAAUUCUAAGUUUAUAUCGUGCAAUUCUGAAAAAGAAAAAACUCCGGGAAAAAAAUUAGUAUUGUGAAAUAAGCUUGGCAUCGCACAAUUGUUUUUUUCUCAGAAUUACAAAUUUAUAUCACAGAAUACUUAAUUUAUAUCAUGCAAUUCUGAAAAAGAAGAAAAUCUGCAAAAAAUUCUAAAAAAAAUUCUGAAUUGCAAGAUAAGCUUGGAAUUGCACAAUUAUUUUUUCCCCUCAGAACUGCACAUUUAUAUCUCAAAGUUCUGAAUUUAUAUCUUGCAAUUCUGAAAAAGAAAAAAAUUCUAAAAAAAAUCAGAAUUGUGAGAAAAGUUCGGAAUUGCACUAUUUUUUUUUUUUUCUCAGAAUUGCAAAUUUACAUCUCACAGUUCUGAGUUUAUCUUGCAAUUCUGAAAAGAAAAAAAAAAGUUUAAAAAAGUUCAUUAAAAUCCUAAAAAAAAAUCUGAAUUGUGAGAUAAGCUUGGAAUCGCACAAUUCUUUUUUUCUCAGAAUUACAAACUUAUAUCUCAAAAUACUUAAUUUAUAUCAUGCAAUUCGGAAAAAGAAGAAAGUCUGCAAAAAAUUCAAAAAAAAAAAAAAAAAAUUCAGAAUUGCCAGAUAAGCUUGGAAUUGCACAAUUCUUUUUUUUUUUUUUGUUCUCAGAAUUGCACAUUUAUAUCUCAAAAUUUUGAAUUUAAAUCUUGCAAUUCUGAAAUAGAAAAAAAAAUUGUGAGAUAAAGGUUGCAAUUACCUCCAUAAUAUGUGGGGGAAAAAACUGUAGACAAAUGUUCACUUUUUACCUUAAGAUCAUAAAGGAUUGUGAUUCAUUUUAAUGAGCUAGCGUAACGAAAUACUUUUUUAAAAGCAGUUUAUUCAUAAUUGUUCAAAUCUACAGAAAUUCCACCAUAGGGACCCACUUUAUAUUAAGUGUCUAAAAUACCAGCCUAUGUACUAUAACAUUUAACACUUUUUAAAGUUGUGCUUAAAUUAAAAAAAAAACACAUGCAUGUAAUUACAUCUACUGUAUAAUUAUACUAACCCUACCCAUCUUCCACCUCAAUACAAUACAUCAUGAACUCAAUAAGUACAUUGUAUCAAACAAUUAUUUUUCUGCUGUAGCUACUUAAAGAUAAAGACUAAUAUAAAGUGGGAUCCAAAAUAGUAGUUAGCUGCAUUACAUAUACAAAAAGUUUGCUGUUAAAUUUCUGUUACUUGGCCAUAUCUGGGCUCCAAAUUUAUUAUCUAUUUAUACAGUACAUUUUUAUUCCUUUAUGUGGUGUUUUGUGGAGUUUGCACACUUACUGUAAAGGACCGAGUGUGUCUGUCUUUGCAUGUGAUCUGAGUAUGAGUGAUUAUCAUUUUAAUAUUCAUUUACUGUAGCAUCAAGACAUGUUGACCCCAUCUACAACUAUCUACAAGUUUCACUGAAGACCAGUCUUGAUUAUGUUUGCGCUUCUCAAUAUUUAACAUUGUAAUACAGCUUAUUGAAGCCUCCAGCAUGUAAAGGCUUCCGGUGACACUAUGAAGGGGUGAAAAGCACAAAGGCUAAAAGAGUAGUAUAGCAUGUAUUUGCUUUUUAAUUAAAAAAAAUGUAUCUGCUGUGUUUGCUCGUCAAAACUAGACUAGAACCUAAUCCAUGAUCAACCUAUUUUCAAUAGGAUGUAGAUCAGUUCAUUAUAAUAUAGGAAAUAUUCUAGGCCAUAUGCAAAAUUCGGUGCACAAGCAUUGAUUACACAUUGUAUAUUUGUAUAGAUGUAUAUCCAUUGCUUGUCCUAUUGUCUUUCCCAUCAAAUGUCAUUUAGGCUUGACUUCCUUUCCGGAGGAAGAGUCUUUGCUUCCAAGUAGCAUUGAACAGUGGUGCAUUCAGCAACAAGCCAAACCUGUGAAUAAACUACUCCUCAAGCAGA